AGCCGAGUCACGGUGGCACACAGUGAAAGACACGGGAGACGACGAGAAGCAAAGCAGUAGAGAGCAUGGCUCGUGGCGCCCCUAUGCUUGCAGCGGUAGUGAUAGCUGCGGUGGCACUUGGGUCUGUAGGGGCGAGAGAGCAGGAGGCCGCCGGCGGAGGGGGCGGCGACUUGAGGCAGCCUACAGUGGCGCAGGGCCUGUCGUUCGACUUCUACCGGCAGCUCUGCCCCAGGGCGGAGUCCAUCGUGCGUGACUUCGUCCUGGACGCCGUCCGGAAGGACAUCGGCCUCGCCGCCGGCCUGCUUCGCCUACACUUCCACGAUUGCUUCGUGCAGGGCUGCGACGCGUCAGUGCUUCUAGACGGGUCGGCGACGGGGCCGGGGGAGCAGCAGGCGCCGCCCAACCUCACUCUCCGCCCGUCCGCCUUCAAGGCCGUCAACGACAUCCGGGACCGACUGGAGCGCGAGUGCCGCGGCGCCGUCGUUUCCUGCUCCGACAUCCUGGCGCUCGCCGCCCGCGACUCCGUGGUCGCCUCAGGCGGGCCGGAGUACCGCGUGCCCCUCGGGCGCCGCGACAGCCCCAGGUUCGCCACGGCGCAAGACGUUCUCUCCGGUCUUCCCCCGCCGUCCUCGAACGUGCCGUCCCUCCUCGAUGUGCUCCGGAAGAUCGGCCUCGACGCCGCCGACCUCGUCGCGCUCUCCGGCGGCCACACCGUGGGGCUCGGGCACUGCACAUCCUUCGACGACCGGCUCUUCCCGCGCCCUGACCCCACCAUGAGCCCGGACUUCCUUGGCAGGCUGAAGCGGACGUGCCCGGCCAAGGGCACCGACGCGCGCACCGUGCUGGACGUGCGCACCCCCAACGUGUUCGACAACAAGUACUACGUGAACCUGGUGAACUGGGAGGGGCUCUUCGUGUCCGACCAGGACCUCUUCACCAACGCCACCACCCGGCCCAUCGUGGAGCGCUUCGCGCGCAGCCAGCGCGACUUCUUCGACCAGUUUGGCGUGUCCAUGGUCAAGAUGGGCCAGAUCAAGGUGCUCACCGGCGACCAGGGCCAGGUUCGCCGCAACUGCUCCGCUCGCAACACCGGCACUGCUGACGGCCUCCAGUGGUCGUCCCUGGUGCAGACCGUCGUCGACGCCGCCGCGGAGAGCCUCGGUUUCUAAAUCUAGUGGAGUAGCUGUUAGCCAUGCAUGUCGUAAUAAAAUAUGAGCAGGGCAGCCAUGGUUGAUGAGGCUGUGUAAUGUACCUUGUCUUGACCCAAACGUCUGCUAGGCUGCCAGCUAGCAGACUUACGGUGACCUGUUAGUUUAAUCGAUCGAUGCUUAUGUUUC